AUGAGCUCCUCCGUCGUGGUACUGCCGCCGUCUCCCAACUGGUUUUGCGGUCAGGUGGUCUCGGUACUACCCAGCCGGCAGCUGGUGGCGUAUGGCGGCCACAACUGCGUGGUACUGUGCAAUGCCGCCACACGUACUGUGCAGCGACUGCUGUCCUGCGGUCUGUGCAGGGUCACGAGUGUAUCCCUGGUUCCGGAGCUCGCGGGCCGACCGCUGGUGGCUGCCGGCUGCGAGGACGGCUCCCUUCGCUGCUGGAACUGGCAAUCCGGGGAGCCAGUCCGCAGCCACCGCAAGACGUCUCCCGAGGUGACCGCCCUGGUGGCCCUCGUGAGCACACCCGCAUCCGCAUCCGUCGCGAAAUCCUUGGUGGUGGCUGGCGUGGCGGAUGGCAGCAUCCGCCUGGUUGACGUGGCAGCGGGGCAGGUGCUACUGGCCGUACAGCAAGCUCACAGGUGUGCCGUACGAUCGCUACAGCUGGCAGCGCUGCCGUAUCUAUCGGGGCUGCCCGCUGCGGCUGCGGCAGGCGCAAGUGGAGCCGGGUCUCCGUCCCUGGAGGCGAGUGCGGGGCGGGUUAGUCCGCCGGGUCAGCAGCGCGACGGUCCUGGCACGGGGUCGCCGCCACCCGGCAACGCCAACGUCACGGCGACUGCCCCUGCUGACGCAGCCGCCAACUCUGCGACUGCCGCCGCUGCUGCUGCUGGUGAUGCAGUCCUUUCUAACGUUGAAGACGACGGGAGCUUGGUACAAACCAACGGCACAGACGGAGCGUCGCCGUCGCCAGCGGGCAAGGACCCCCCGAAAGCCAGGGCCGCGGCGUCGGAUGCGUGUACAGCAGCAGACGCGCACGGCGGUGGCGGCGAUAAUGCCGCGGACCCCGUCAGGUGGCCAGAGCACUCCUGGGGCCCGGGGCAGGAGCAGGCGGAACCCUCAGCAGCAGCAGCAGCAUCGCCGUCGGCAGCGGUGGCGGCGGCGGCGGCGGCGGCAGCUCCCACUGACCUUUGGCUGCUCAGCAGCGGUGAGGACGGCCUUGCCAAGGUUUGGAGCUUCCCCGCCAUGAAGGCGGCGGCGGCGUUGAUGGCGGCGGCGGCGGCACUUCCUGCAAUGGUGCCGCCGCCGCCACCUCAGCCGCUUGCUGUCCAGUCUGGCCCCGGCGGUGGCGGCGCUGCCUCCCGGCAUCCCUGGGUGCCCGCUGCGCUGCUUCCCGGAUGCGACGUGGGCGGUGGCGGCAGUGAGCUGGUGGUGGCGCUAGCGGCCCCCUGGGGGCAUGUGCUCAUGUACCAUGUGUCGCUGGCCACCGGUAAGGUGACCCUCACUGCGCGGCUCAAGCACCACAACCGACCCGUCUUCACGCUGCACGCCAUGAGGCUGCCCUCUCAGGACCGCAGCCUGGUGGUGACGGACCUCACCAUGCAGAGGGGGGACACACCUGGACACGCCACAGCCGUAGCCGCUGGAUCUGGAUCUGGAUCUGGUCGGGAAGGGCCGCCGUCCGAAGCGACUGGGGCGACUGAGGGGGGCCUCCGCCAGGCCGGCUCCGCGCGACUGCCGGGCUGCCGUACAGCGGCGGGACAAGGGGCCACGGAGGGGGCGGGGAAGUGGCGGCAGGGGCAGGGGCAGGGGCAGCAGGAGGAGGGGGCCGGUGGCUGUGUGUGGUGGCGGCUGGUGGGGCUGGGCGGCUACCCGCAUGCGCUGCAGGUGGCAGACCGCUCCCCCAGCGCCCUCCUGGCUGUGGGCUGCGGAGACCGCACCUUGCGUACCGUGGGGCUGCAGCUGGGAGCGGGGGAGGGGGAGAGGGAGGGGGAGGGGGAGGGGAAGGGCGGCGACACAGGGACUAUCGCCGUAAAGCAUCAACCGCAACCGCCCAACCAACAAUCGCAACCUACGUCCCCCGCAGCUGCAGCAGCUGCACCGGUAUCGGUAUCGGUAUCGGCAGCACCACCAGAGCCAGGACCGCAGCCACCAGGAGUAGCAGCAGUAGCAGUGGCAGCGACAUCGGGACUGACACAUGGGCUAAAAGAGCAGCAGCAGCAGCAGCAGGAGGAGGUGGAGGAGGAGGGACAGCAAGAGCAAGAGCAGGGUGAUAGGUUGGACAUUGCCACACCAUCAUCAUCACCGCCACCAACGGCAUUCCGUCAGGUUCCGGAGCUAGGUGUCAGGGGGGAAGACACUACCGGUGUGGGCGGCAGCGAGGGUGAGGGUGAGGGUGAGGUUGUUCGAGUUGCCUGGCACCCCGCGGACCCCCGCUACCUGGCAUUCGGCUGCGCGGACGGCAGUGUGGGGGUGAUGGAUGUCCGCAAGCAGAACUCCAGGGUAUUUGCCGUACGACACUCAGGGCCCGUGACGCACCUGGCAUCUGGCGGUGGUGGUGGCAGUGAAGGCGGCAGUGUUAGCGGCGGCAUUGGUGGGGGCCGGCGCCAACAGCCACGUCCGCAAUCUCGCCACUCUCCUCACGCACAAGGCCAGGCCCAGGCCGAGGACCGACCCGCGGGUCACAAGGAGCACCGGGAGCACCAAAGGCUAGGGCAAGAUCCGCAGCAGUCCCAGCCCCCGGAUGAGGGCCACUCAGUCGCCCAACGCCUGACUGCGGCACCCACUGACCCACUGUCACCACCGCCGCCAACUUCGCCAAUUCUGCCUCCGCAGCAAACUCCUCCACCGCCACCGCCGCCACCGCCGUCACCGCCGCCGCCACCUCCACCGCCGCCGCCGCCACCGCCACCGCCGUCAGCCUCAGAUAAUCCCGAGGCUGAUGUACGGCACGGUGAAGAGCAGAUCCUACAGCUACCACCGCAGCAAUCACCCCCCCCUGAAGCAGCCAUGCAACCCCGCGCGCCUGAGCUAUGCCCGUCGGCAUCCGAGGUGGUUUCGGAGCCGGGCCCACUUGCACAUCAUCCGCCCUCCCAGAGUCCCUGGAGCCAGACACGGGGUGCCGUACAGCGCCCCAGCCAAGGGGGUCACAUCUCCGCGCGGGGCAGGGCCCGAGGGGGGAUGAGCGCCAACGCGGUGUGUGGAGGUGGUGCAGGUGGAGGUAACGGUGCAAGCCGGGAGGGUGGCAUUGGCGGCAAUAGCGGCACGAGCACUUGGCACCAGCCGUCCUUCUCCGUGAGCCGGGGUCCCGGUGGUGGCAGUGCGGGCUUCCGGGGUAGGGGGCGGAGCGGAGCUCCCUCAGCCGCACCCGGCUGGGGGCUGAUGGGGCCGCGGGGAGGGGGCGGGGGAGGUGUUGGGGAGGAGGACCCUCCCGCCAGGGUCAGCGAGAGGCCGGAGCUGCUUGUGCGGAGUUGCGUGGGUGACCUGGGAAUUGAACCUGGGUGUCCCGAAGGAGGAGAUGGAGGAGAUGCGGAGGCGGCUCUGGGAGCACGGCCGGCCGCGGGGCCGGAGGAGGGAAAGGAGGAUGUUGAGGACCUCGGACCCCGGGGCGGUGGCGGUGGCGGUGACGGUGCUGUCAGGCGGGUGGAGUGCGGGGAGGCAGUGGCAGCGGAGCGACGCCGUACAAGGGGACGCCCACACGAGCCCGGCACCGGUCACCGCGGCGAGGCCGAUGCGGAGGGAAGCUGUGGUGGUGAGGGGCGGCUUCUGCGAUGGCCAGGUCCCUCCCUGGACGAGCACUCCGCGGAGCCGGGUCUGGGUCCAACGAUGGCGGCCGCUAAGCCUGUGGAUGUCGGGGCCCAGCUGGAGGCCCUCCUGGCUGCGGAGCGGGCGCUGGGGCCGCCAGCCGCCACUGCUACUGCUGCUACUGCUGCUGCUACUACUAUUGCUGAAGCCAUGGAGCCGUCCAUAGGGCCCGCUGCUGCUACUACUGCUGCUACGCCCCACCCCAACCCUCACACUCACUUGCACGCCCAGAGCAGCACACACCGCCGACACAACCCCCCCUCACACCAGCAGCCGCAGCAGCAACAACACAGCGGCUCCCGGGCCGCCGCCGCCAGCGGUGGGGGCUUUGGGUUGCCGGUAUGGGCGAUGGCGGUCCACCCGCGGCGGGGAUGGCUGGCAGUGGCUUUGAAGGCAGGCGAGGCAGCGGCAGCGGGGGGUGGACACGGCGGUGGCGGUGGCGGUGGCGGCCUUGUGGUAGUGGUGGAGCAACAGCCGCAGCUUGGCGCCGGGCGAGGUGGAGGGUCCCGGGGCCCGGCGGCUGCCUGGCGCCUGCUGGCGAUGACGAGUAACGCGGGCAGUCAGGAGGCGAGGCUCCUGCUGUGGGGCGACGACUGCGAAUACGUCAACGGAGGCGACAGAGACGGGUUCUACAGUGACGCAGCUGCCGCAGAAGGCAAUUGCGGCGACGGUAAUAGUGACAACUACGGAGCCGGCUCGGCUUUCCUUGCCGCUUUGUAUGGCAAAAACUCCGUCUCGGUGUACGGCAUGGUGGCGCAGCCGUACGGCAGGUUGUCACCAUGCCGCCAGCUGCGCCAUGUGUCGUGCUUCUCCACUGAGCCGCGGCAGCAGCAGCUGGUGGCGGCCUGCUGGCUGGGCCGACACUGCUUGGCGCUGGGAGCCGAUGACGGCAACGUGCAGCUAUGGACGGUACGGCAACCAGCCGACGGCAAGGCUGCCGUACAUGGGUCGCCCAGGCCCAUGAGCGCCACGGACGGUGCAGGUGGUGGCGAUCAUGAGGUGGCACAGCCGGGCACUGCUAGUGCCGCUAGUGCCGCUAGUGGGGGGGGAGCGGGACCCGCUGGGCCGGCGGGCAUGACAGCGGUGCAGGUGGAGACGGAGGUGAAGGCGGCCGGGGUCCAGGCGCUGCGCGUACGGACCCUUGCGGCGGGCGGCCACCACGGCCACCAUGACUCCAUCACCUCGCUCACAGCCGUGCGUUGGUGGGCGGAGGGCGGCCCGUUGCCGCCGCAAGCACCAGCAGCAGCAGCAGGGGAGCAGGUAGGCGGUCAGCACCGUGGCAGAUCUGCAGGGCCAGUGCGGCGGGGCCCGGGUGGACCGGGGUGGCUGUUGUUCAGCGGCGGGCGCGACCAGAGCGUUCGCUGCUGGCGGCUGGAAGCGGGCCAGCUGCGGACCUGGGAGCUGGAGGCGGCACGGCGAAGAGCGGGGGGCCGUGCGGCUGACGCUGAUGAGGAGAGCGACGUCGGCGGGACCGCCAACAAGGCCGCCGUCAAGACAUUGCCGGUGACAUCGGCGCUGUCGUCGCAGCCGCAACAGCAACAGCAACAGCAGCAACGGCAACAGGACGCGAUAGCAGCGGCAGGGCCUUACGCUGUCCCUGUUUCUGGUCCAUUCGGCGAUGAUGCCAUCGGCAACGGAACGGCAGCUGGCGGUGGUUGUGGUGCUGGUGGCGCUGGUGAUGUGGACGAGGCUGCGGCGGCCCCGCUGGCUGAAGUCACGUCAUCGGGGACAUGUGCCGGGAGGAGGUCACGUCUGCCGCUGUCGGAGGGAAAUCCAGCAGAGGCACCGCCAGCGGCAGACGUUGCCGCGCUGGCAGGAGCAGCUGCAGCAGGAGCAGCAGCAGCAGCAGCGCCGGGCCCCUUGCCGGACACACACCCCUCCCCACCGAUUUCCCCCUCCUCCGCAACUGCCGCUCCUCUCCCGCCGCGGCUGAUAGAGCCCACUGCCGCCAGUCGGGGCCGCCGGGGCCGCCGACCUCCGGCAGCGGCCUCCCGACCACUACUGCCGGACCUGCCCGACCUGCAGCAAGCAAACACGGCGGCCGCCGCACACUCCCUCCUACUGAAACUGGCGACAGUGAUGUACCCCGCACCCACUCCCACUCCCGCGGCCACUCACACUCCCGCACGCGCGGCUCUUUUCCCCGACGCCGCGCGCAUGCAUGAGGGCGCAGGGCUACCCGCCGGCAGCGGGGAUGUCGGCCCCAGCCCAGUCGCGGUGACCGGAGUCCGGCAGCAGGGGACCGCAGCUAACCCGCGUCCAGACGGCGAGACGGGGACUAAGGGCGCGGGUACGGGUGGUGAGGCCAGGGCGGGGGAUGAGGCCGCGGGUCUUCUCGGCUUGAGCGAGGCUGAGACGCAGCUGGCGGGGCACCUGCUGCAUGAUCUAGGGGAGGUGUGGCAGAUGGAGCGACCCAUGGGGCAGGAGGGGCGGCAGCAGAGUGGGGAGGAGGCGACCGUACCGGAGCUGCGGCCGCUGCCCGCAGAGCUGCGCUUCGUGGCGGCAAUGUGGGAAGGCGACGUUGGGGGUGCGCUGGCGUUGGCGGCGGUGACGGAGGGCAUGAUGAGUGCGGAUGUGGUGGCGAUGGCGGCGGCGGGGGGAAGGGCGGCGUGGGAAGCGGCUGCGCGGCUGUAUGCUAGUAGGAUGGAGGCGAUGGGGUGCGCCACGGAGGCGGCGCUGGCGCUGGCAGCGAUAGGCGACAAGGCCGCGGCGGUGGGGGUGUACCAACGGGCGGGAAUGGUGUGGGAGGCGCAGAAGAUGCUGGAGGGGACGGUCGAAUCCGGAGCCGGGGAAGGCGAUUUGGGUUGA